CACUCUGCCGCUCCCAGCAGUUUUUUUUUUUCUUUUCUUUUCCUUCGGAUCUUGCCCGGGCCGAGCCCGGCUGGGGCGGGUGGCUCAGCCGGGCUUGCACCCAGCGCUCCGCCGCCGCCACCCAGCUGCGCCGGGGCGCCCUCCGGAGAUGCUGCCGUGGAAGAAGCACAAGUUCGAGCUGCUGGCCGAGGCGCCACCGCGGCAGGCGUCCAAGCCCAAGGGCUACGCGGUGAGCCUGCACUACUCGGCUCUCAGUUCUCUGGCACGGGCUUGCCCUGAAGGCGCGCUUAGUCGGGUGGGCAGUAUGUUCCGCUCCAAACGCAAGAAACUACACAUCACCAGCGAGGACCCCACCUACACUGUGCUCUACCUAGGCAACGCCACUACCAUCCAGGCGCGCGGCGACGGCUGCACAGACUUAGCCGUGGGCAAAAUCUGGAGCAAGAGCGAGGCGGGCCGUCAAGGAACCAAGAUGAAGCUGACUGUUAGUGCGCAGGGUAUCCGCAUGGUGCACGCCGAGGAGCGCGCUCUGCGCCGCCCAGGCCACCUCUACCUGCUGCACCGCGUUACCUACUGCGUGGCGGACGCGCGGCUGCCCAAGGUCUUCGCCUGGGUUUACCGGCACGAGCUGAAACAUAAGGCAGUAAUGCUGCGCUGCCACGCUGUGCUUGUAUCCAAGCCCGAAAAGGCGCAGGCCAUGGCUCUGCUGCUUUACCAGACGUCUGCAAACGCACUGGCGGAAUUUAAACGCCUCAAGCGGCGGGACGACGCGCGUCACCAGCAGCAGGAGCUGGUGGGCGCGCACACCAUCCCUCUAGUGCCGCUGCGUAAGCUGCUUUUGCACGGACCGUGCUGCUACAAGCCGCCGGUGGAGCGCAGCCGCAGCGCUCCCAAGCUUGGUUCCAUCACCGAGGACUUACUCGGCGAGCAGCAGGAGCAGGAGCUGCAGGAGGAAGAGGAAGAGGAGCAUCCCGAGGGCUGCCCGGAGGAGGAUGAGGAGGACCGUGAAGUGGAGGGGGGCCGUGCAGAGGAGGAGGAGGCAGAGACGCAGAGGACAUUGGUUGUGGCCAUGCAUUUCGAAUGCGGGGACUUGCUGGACACAUUGGAGAGCGGCCGCGAGGAGGCGCUGCGGGGCGAUGGGGUCUCGCUGGGUCCGGGGACUGGGUCGUCGUCUCUGCUGGGCAGCGCCGCCGACAUGAAGGCCGAGCUGUCGCAGCUCAUUAGCGACCUGGGCGAACUCAGUUUUGGCAACGACGUGCGCAGCCUGCAGGCUGACUUGCGCGUGACUCGCCUCUUGUCGGGCGAGAGCACUGGCAGCGAGAGCUCCAUCGAGGGUGGGGGCCCAGACCCCACCUCUGCCACCCCUGGGGACUCUUCGGAGCCCGCGGUUGGAGGCAGUCCUGAGGAACCCCAUUCGAGCUGAGCUCCCAGCAGCCUCCAGCCCGCGCCCCACUGUGACUCCCUACGCGUCGUCCGACAACUGCCCUUUGACCGCCCCCAGGAAAGGGGCAAUGGUGUAUUUGGGGCCUAGACCUCCGAUUGGGGCUCGGGUCCAGAAUUCACUUG